AUGGUGACGAAGCUCAGAGUCAUAGCUGAGAAACUCGUCUCAGUGGAAAAGUGGAAGGUCACUUCUUACAAACUGCUCUUUAAGGACCACGUUAGUGUGUGUGUGCUGCUGCGGUCUCCACCGACUGUUUCUGCAGUGACUCUGUCUGUCAGUCCAAACCUUCAGCAGGUCUUCAGUGGAUCUUCAGUGGAUCUGAGUUGUGUUGAUGAUGGACAGACAGCUGAUGGAUGGUCAGUGAGGACCAGAGGAGGACUCACUGAGGACUGUGGAGCAGCUGCAGGCUUUGGGAGGCUUCUUGGUUCCUACUGUGUUGUGGAUCUUUCUGCUCCCAGUGAAACCUUCUGGUGUGAGGACUCCUCUGGACAGCAGAGUGACAGAGUCUCCUUCAGUGUCCAAUCAGACACUACAGAUAAAGGUGUCAUCCUGGAGAUCCCUGUACUUCCUGUGAGGACAGGAAGUGAUGUCAUUCUGCGCUGCAGGCAGAGGAAUGGUGCUACAGUCGCAGCUUAUUUCUUCAUUAAAGGGCCUCGACCUAAAGAAACUAAACCAGAGCACAUCAUCACUAAGGUCCAGCAUUCUGAUGAAGGUCUCUACUCGUGUUCUACUGAUCAGGGUGGAAAGUCUCCUGAGAGCUUUCUGAGGGUCAGAGAUCCUCCUACAAUCAUCCAUCCUCCUUCUCACUGUCCUCCUCCUCCCUCUCUCCUGGUCCCAGUUGUAGCAGGUCUGGUCUCCGUGGUUCUCCUGGUUCUGGUUCUGGGUGGAGUUCUGUUUCUCUUCAGUAAACUAAAAGGUGAGAAACCUGCACAGAAGUAAAAGUCCUGUUCUUUU